ACACAUUAGUUCUCCUCCUUCUUCUUCUUCUUGCUCUGCUCAUUUGUGUACUGUCUUUCUUCUUGUGUGACAGAGAGAAUGGCCGGAUACGGCUAUGGUGGGCCAUAUGGAUCUGCUGGUGGGUAUCCGUCGCCGGCUCAGCCGUACGGGAACCCGUUCGCAGCGCUGAUGCCGUCGUCCUUCCCGGCGGGCACCGAUCCAAGUCUGGUCGCGUGCUUCCAAUUGGCAGACCAAGACGGAAGCGGCCUGGUUGACGAUAGAGAGCUGCAGAGAGCUCUUUCUUCUUACAACCAAAGCUUCAGCCUCCGCACAGUUCGCCUUCUCAUGUACCUCUUCACUCACACAAACACCAGAAGAGUUGGGCCAAGGGAAUUCAUAGGACUAUUUCACUGUCUUCAAAUGUGGAGGGGGACAUUUGAGAGAUUUGACAGAGACAUAAGUGGGAAAAUCGAUGGGCCGGAGCUGAGGGAGGCGCUCUUGAGCAUGGGGUUUGUGGUGCCGCCGGUGGUGGUUGAUUUGCUCGUCACUAAGUACGACAAAUAUGGAGAUGGAAGCCGGGCGAUUGAAUAUGAUAACUUCAUCGAAUGCUGCCUCAUUGUCAAGGGAUUAACUGAGAAAUUCAAGGAGAGAGAUACCAUGCUUUCUGGCUCGGCAACAUUCACUUACGAGGCCUUUAUGCUCACCGUCCUGCCCUUCCUCACUGCGUAGAGACUAAGGGUGUCUGGAGUUUCGGAUCAUCUACGGCUAAUUCGA